AUGUCUUCCACAUCAAUCCCUGCCAAAAUCCGGGCCGUCCUGCAACCAGAUUUCCAAACGACGGACCUAGUCCUGACCAUGCUUCCCAUCCAGGAAGCUAAGGAAGGCACCGAUGAACACCUCAUCAAAGUCCACGCCACCGCUCCCUGCGCCGGCGAGCUGCUCUGGGUCAAGAACUUCGGGGGCAUGAUGCAGCCCGGCAAGAUUGGCGUUCCAUGCUACGACCUCAGCGGCGUCGUUGUCACCGCGCCCGCCGACUCGCCAUUCCAACCCGGUACGGAGGUCUACACGCGAACGUCCGCGGCCCGGGCAGGUAAUGCCCGCGAGUACACAAUCGCGCUGACUAGCGAGCUUGCACUGAAGCCGACAAACCUGUCAUGGGAAGAGUCUGCAUCCGUCCCGCUGAGCGCCUUCACAGCUUAUCAAGCUCUUUUCGAACACGGUGGCCUGAAACUCGGCUGGAAGGAUGAUGCCGGCAAACUGGAGAACGCCAAGAAGCGGAUCUUGAUCACCGCAGCGGCAGGAGGCGUCGGCGUGUGGGUCGUCCAGCUCGCUAGAGCCGCAGGCGUCAAGGAUAUCAUAGCCGUGGUCGGCCCCGACAAUGUUGACUUCGUCAAGAGCCUCGGCGCCACAGAGGUCAUCAACUACAAGCAGCAAUCGCUCGGUGCAUGGGCUGCCGCGGGAAACCCGAAGGUCGACCUCAUCGUUGAUAUGCUGGGCAAGCAGACUCUCGCUGAUGCCUGGAUGGCGGUCAAGGACGGCGGUAUCUUGCUGAGUAUCAACGAGCCUCCGGAGAACCGCAAGCCGAAGGAGAGCGCCCCGAAGGAUGUCACUAAUCGCUUCUUCAUCAUGGAGCCUAAAGGUUGGCAGCUAGAGGACGUUGCUGAGCUGCUGGAGAAGCGCGAGGCAAGAGCUGUGGUAGAUAGCGUGUGGAAAUUGGAGGAGUUCAAGGAAGCCUUCACUAAGGUGGAAAGCGGGCACGCAAGGGGCAAGGUCAUUAUUUUAGUACAGAAGUAA